UUUCCUUGCGGGCUCAGCGUCGACUUAAAGGAGCUGUCAAGUUUAUCCUUCUAAGGCUUUCUUAGGCGAACGAAGCAUUCGAGAAGAUUUAGUGGUUCGAUUGAGCCCAGACAUAACUCGAAGCUGCUUUUAAGGUUCCAUAUGAGUGCACAUUAUACGCAUAUGUGAUGGGGAAUUCUUCUUCCUCGUCAUCAUCAGCACCAAAGCACAGCUGUCAGGUGGUGAUAGUAGGCGGUGGUUAUGCUGGAGUGAAGCUUGCGAUAGACUUGGACAGCUACUGCAAGGUCGUUCUCAUUGAUCCUAAAGAUGCUUUCCAUCACAACAUGGCAGGAUUACGGUGUAUUGUUGAACCAGCAUUUGUCAACAAGACUCUGAUUCCUUAUGAAGGUGUUUUAAAGCAUGGGUCCUUUGUAAAGAAUCGUGUAGUGAGUUGCAACAUCUCCAGAAAGGCUGUGACACUGGCUAGCAGUGAAGAAAUCAGUUAUGAUUAUCUUGUCUUUGCUUGUGGCUCAUCUGUACCAUUUCCAGGUAAAGUUCCCCUUGGAACAAGCAUGAAAGAUGCUGAAAAGCUCUACAGAGAUUGUGCCGACCAGGUGGCAAAGAGUAACAAAAUUGUUGUGAUUGGUGGUGGUCCUGUGGGAGUAGAGUUAGUUGGUGAAUUAGCCUCAGACUUCCCAGACAAGAAAGUUACACUAAUGCACAACAGGGAGCAAAUACUGGAUGACAGAUUGUCACGCAAGUUUGUUAAAAAGAUUCAGGAUGGAAUGAAGGCUCUGAAAGUGGAGACAGUCCUUGGGGAACGAGUUGACAUGGAUGACCUGAAUUUUGAUUCAGACAAACCGUGGAUUACAGGGCCAGUGACACUUACUACCGACCAGGGAACCAGUGUGCCUGCAGAUCUAGUAUUCCGCUGUACUGGACUCAAGGUCAAUUCAGUUGCUUACCAAUCCAAACUCUCAGACAAGAUGGAAAAGAAUGGAAGUCUUAAAGUUGACAGAUUCCUUCAAGUGGAAGAGAUUGAAAAUGUGUUUGCUAUUGGAGAUUGUAACAACACCCCUGAAUUGAAACUAGCGUACACUGCAAAACUGCAUGCUGAUGCAGUUGCUGAAAAUAUCAAACGGCUCAAUGAAAGCAAACGCCCAAAAGAAUACAAGCCUGGUAAUGCAGCCAUGGCCCUGCCUCUUGGACGGAAUGGAGGAGCAACACAGCUCCCAAAUGGAAUGGUGGCUGGGAGUUUCUUAACCAAGUCGUUCAAAGGGAAGGACAUCAUGACACCAAGCUUCUGGAAGUUAAUGAAACAGAAAAUGCCAUCUAAUUGAAUGGCUGAACUUUCAUUGAACUAUUAUGGACACUUGAAAUAAAAAGACCCCUGCAUGACUUGAUCACAGCCUUGUGGAUCAUGAAAGGUUGCUAUGGUAUGCAAUAAUUUAGAAGGCACAAGCAUUUCUGUGCAAAAUUUUAGCUAAGUUUGAAAGUUUGAUGUUUGUUACAAAUUUGUAUGCAUGAAGUCAUCUAGCAACUUUUUUUCUUCCUAGCAAAUGCUGUUAAUUGUAUCACUAAAUUGAUAGAAAAAUCUUGCAUUUAUAUAUGAGACUUCAAAAUUGGAGGUCUUACUGAUUCAUCAACCUCUUUUCAUUUUGUGCUGUUUUGUACCUCAACUAUUUUCCAUGAUUGACUGGGUCAUAUGAUCAAGUCAUGCAAAAGUCUCAACUCUGUACAUUUGAUGUUAAUAGUGAUAUCAGUUGCUAAAGGGCAUGAGUGAUGCCACUUGUGCCUUUAAGACAAAGUUAUAGUAGUGAUAUUGGUUUGUAAAGGGUGUGAGUGACACCACCUCUGCCUUAGACAGAAAGUUACAGCAGUAGUGAAAUGAAGCAUGUCCCCAACUUCACAAAAGGCUACAAUCAGCAGUGAAGUUGUUCAUGCAUGGACAUUUUCACCCCCACUUUAUGUUAUUUGUAUUCCUUUUGACCUUAGUACCAUAAUCUAUUUGCCCCCCUCCCCCUCUCCACCUCACUGCCUGUGACCUUCUGCUAAAAAAAGCAAUGCAGAAUAGGAGGUGACUAUUUUAACAAUGACUUGGUACAAAUAUCUGUAUUCUGUGAUGAUGCCUGUAGUGUAUUAUUCAGGCACAAAGUGUCCACUAAUUUUGUUUUGGAUUGCGGCCUCAAACAUAAUCCAUGUUACUGUUCAAGAGCAGACAUUUUAGGAACUGUUGGUGGUCCUGUUUUAAUAAUGAACUGCACAGUGUGAUUUAUAAGCUAAGCACUUGUUAAUAUGAAAUGGGAAGGCACCUUUUAUUUAUUUUGAAUAGCUAGAGCCCGCACAUAGUAAUAUUUAUUUUUUACUAUUUUUGAGUGCUUUUCACUUUAGUCUGGUAAAACAGAAAAAAACAUAUUUAAUUGCAAUGGCCAGUUAGAAGGAAAACAAAUGUCUCCAGGAACUGAUGGAAAAAUCUGAUUAAGAGAAUGUUAAUGCCUUCUAUUCAUAAAAAUGCAAGUGAGAAA